GUAAUGUUACAUGCGUAGCAAGUGUGGCGUGCGUGUGGAUUGUUUAUGAUUUCUCUGGAAAAAUUUGUAGUAAAUAAUUACAAAUGGCGGAUAAAGGGCAAUCACAAACUUCUGGAGGUCAACCUUUAAUGAAAAUUGGGUAUUAUAUACUAGGUGAAACACUUGGAGUUGGUACAUUUGGCAAAGUCAAAACUGCCAAACAUGAACUUACUGGACACAAAGUUGCCGUUAAAAUACUGAAUAGACAAAAAAUAAAGAAUCUAGAUGUCGUUGGGAAAAUCAGAAGAGAAAUUCAAAAUCUCAAAUUAUUUCGUCAUCCUCACAUUAUUAAACUUUAUCAGGUUAUCAGUACUCCUACAGAUAUAUUUAUGAUCAUGGAAUAUGUAUCUGGAGGAGAACUUUUUGAUUACAUUGUUAAACAUGGGAAAUUAAAAGAGGCUGACGCAAGGAGAUUCUUUCAACAGAUUAUUUCUGGUGUUGACUAUUGCCAUCGUCAUAUGGUGGUUCAUCGAGAUCUGAAACCUGAAAAUUUAUUAUUAGAUCAGCAUCUUAAUGUGAAGAUAGCAGAUUUUGGUUUGUCUAAUAUGAUGAUGGAUGGUGAAUUUCUUAGAACCAGCUGUGGGUCCCCAAAUUAUGCUGCUCCUGAAGUGAUAUCUGGAAAAUUAUAUGCAGGACCUGAAGUAGAUAUUUGGAGUUGUGGUGUUAUUUUAUAUGCCUUACUUUGCGGAACGUUGCCUUUUGAUGAUGAGCAUGUACCUACGCUUUUCAGGAAGAUAAAAUCUGGUAUAUUUCCCAUUCCUGAUUAUCUGAAUAAAUCAGUUGUGAAUCUCUUAGUCUAUAUGUUGCAAGUUGAUCCCAUGAAAAGAGCUACAAUGAAUGAUAUUAAAGAACACGAUUGGUUUAAAAAAGACCUCCCUGCUUAUUUGUUUCCUGCUUCAAAUGAUCAAGAUACAUCACUUAUAAACACUCAAGCCUUGAUGGAAGUUUGCGAGAAAUUCUCUGUAUCAGAAAGAGAAGUUCAUGCUGCCCUUCUCAGUAGUGAUCCCCAUGACCAGUUAGCAAUUGCAUAUCACUUGAUUUUGGACAAUAAAAGAAUUGAAGAUGAGACUUCAAAACUGGAGAAAAAUAACUUUUAUUGGGCAUCUAGUCCACCUCCAACUACUACGAGCAGUGAUAUAAAUAGUCCUGGUAAAAGUCAUCCAGAACGAAUUGGAGUUUCAAUUUCGAACCGCCAGAGAAUGAUGAGUGGUGGUAACAGCACUGAUAAAAGUAAAGGUACUCCAAUGAAAAGAGCAAAAUGGCAUUUAGGCAUUAGGUCCCAAAGCAAACCAUUUGAUAUUAUGACAGAAGUAUAUAGAGCCAUGAAAGCUUUGGAUUUUGAAUGGAAAACAGCAAAUCCUUUCCAUAUCAUUGUCAGAAGAUAUCAUCCAGUUACUAAAAAAUAUACAAAAAUGACUCUUCAGCUCUACCAAGUAGAUUAUAAAAGUUACCUACUUGAUUUUAAGUCCCUUGCAAACAAUGAAGAACCUAAUGAUAGUCAAAGUUCUUCUGAAUCCAUUUCGUCCAGUUGCCAACAAUCAUACAAUAUUAUGGAAUUUUUUGAAAUGUGUGCUGCUUUGAUUGCACAGUUAGCUCGCUAGGUUCUUUCUUCAAAUAUAUUUUUUAGGGUUUUUGGAUUUUUGUGUUCAAAAAGUUAUGUAUGAAAUAUCUGUCUUUGUUAUGUGAUAUGUACAUUUUUGAAUACUACCCGAGUGUCUGUAUAUAAUCCUAACCAUAUGUAUGUAAAUAUAGCUGAGUGCUUUAUGGCAGCAUGUACAUAGCUAGUUGCUGCAAUUUAACCUAUAUGAAUUAUUAUAUAUGUAUAUUAAGGUAUAUGCUUGUGAUGAUAAUUAGUCAAUAUUUUAAAGUAUCAUUUUAAGAAAUUUUCAAUCAGCAAUAUUUGUAGAGUUUAUAUAUUUACAUUUUUUUUAGAAUAGAAGCACUGAAUUUUUUAGAAGCAGUUGCAGAGACUGUUUAAUGCAAAAUGGGAUACAUAUGUACCUGCAUUGUGCUUUUUCAUAAAAGGAUCAGGGUUACAACUAUGCAAAAAGCAAGGCAUAAAAAUGACAAAAUGUUGCUUGCUUUGAUUUUUUUUAUAUUUGUAUUUGUUAAUUUUUUUAAAGAUAUUAUUGAAAGUUAAAAAUUUUUUUAUGGUAAAUGCCUUAAAUAACAGAGCCUUCAUAAUUUAAAUCUGAUUACAAAUCUUAAAUGUUCUUCAUUUCUACUAACUUAAUUUUUAUUUUUUAGACACCUUUUUAUUUUAAAUUUUCAACACAGCAGCAUUUUUUAUAUUUGUCUAGGAUAUAAAUUAUGAGGGUUCUGUAUAAUUAUUAUUUGAAAACAAGUAAAUAUUGUAUCAUAUGAAGUUUACACUGUUGUUGGAUUGUAGUAUUCAAAUAAAUUUUUACUUCAGUUACUGAACUGAAUCAUUGGAAUAGAAUUUACAAAAUAUUUUUAAUUUUUCAAAUUAAAGUGUAACUAGAUUGGCAAAUUCAGUGGUUUAAAACAAUUUAAAAUCGAAAAACAAUCUUUCUUGAAUAAUUUCACAACUCAAAAUGCGAGUUACUUCAAAUAAAUAGUGAGUUACUGUUAAACAAUUACUUUUGCCUUAUACUUUUGUUUUUUAAAAAUAUAUUUAAUCAUCUCUAAGUAAGAACAUCUCCACUAUUGUGAUUUAUGGCCUUUUUAAGUGGAGGUGGGCUUCUGAAUAGGUCUGAUACAUAAAUGCUCUUUCUUAUUAUUGAACUAUUGAGAUUUUUUGUUUGUUUGUUUUCUUUACACAUCUUUAUUCUAGUUGCUUUUUAGUAUAAGGUUUCUGGAGCUCCUAUAUCUCUGAAACAUUUUAAUCCAUAUCAAAAUAAUAUUUUUAUUUUCUGGAAGGGUAUGGAUAUGGUUUUUGUUAUCAGGUUUGGGUUAGCUUCUAUAGUGAUGUCGAAUAUUAGAGAGCUGCAGGACAUUGAAUACUAGUUCCCGUCCUAUUUAGUCUAUGCUAUACGCACAAAUGAACUUUAUUUCUUCAUUAUGAGUUUAAAAAUUGCUUAAUCUGCCACAUAGUAUUAUUGCCAUAUGAUAAAUAUUGAGAAAUUAUUGUAAUUGGACCAAGAUCUUGUAAAUAAGAAAGCUCACAUGAAGUGAAUUUAGUGCAUCAAAUUUUUAUGAAACUUUCUGGUGGCUGGAAAUAUGGAAAUAAAAUAGCAGUUAAAUGAAAUUAAUAUGACUAAUAACAUCUACAAAAAUGUUAUAUUUUGAGUAGAAUUGUAAUAAUAUCACACAGACAUUUUUAUAUAUAUUUGAAAAGGUUAAUCUUUUUAAUUUUUAAGAAUUUAAACUAUUUUCAUUUAUUUAAGCAAGCAUAUGGCUCUAUAUUGUAUUACAUGCUAUUAAGGUAUUAAAAAAAUGUAUAUAAAAAUGAACCAAAAUAAUGACCUAUAUACUUUUUUUCCUAUUGAAGUGGUAAACAUCAUGUAGGAUAUACACUGUUACAUGCUGUUCAUCUACUAAAAUAGAGUAUUCUAUUGUAUUACAAAAAACAUAAAUAAAUAAAUGUUUACAGCUCA